CUCAACCUUCUCUCAUCGUCAACUUCUUCUCCUCCAAGACUCAAUCACUCGUCCCUCCUCGAAGGUGGUCAAUCUUCAUUUUGCUUCCAAUCGAAAAGCAGAUUCAAACUCCGAUACAGUCGAGGCCCCUGUCAAAAAAAAUCCUCCAAGUUAUCGGAGACGCAGCUCCCAACAAAAGCCACGACUUCGACUCGUUGAAGAUCAAUACCUCCCCGCGCUAUACACGUCCUAUAUCGGUACUAUAUAGUCAACCACACCCCACCCCCACCACCCCCCAAAAGUUUCUCCACGAAAAACAAACAAGAUGCCUCAAGCCACCGCUCUUCCCCACUGGGCGGCUCUCCAGUCCCACCACGACACCGUGGGAAAGUCCUUCGUCUUGAAGGAAGAAUUCAAGAAGGAUCCCAAGCGAUUCGAAAAGUUCUCCUACACAUUCAACAACACCGCCGAUAACUCUGAGAUCCUGUUCGACUUCUCCAAGAACUUCCUGACCGAUGAGACCCUCAAGAUCCUGGUCGAGAUCGCCAAGGAGGCUGGUCUGGAGCAGUUGAGAGAUGCCAUGUUUAAGGGCGAGAAGAUCAACUUCACUGAGGAUCGUGCAGUGUUGCAUGUUGCGCUCCGAAAUAUCACAAGCGAGCCUAUCUAUGUGGAUGGGAAGGAUGUUAUGCCGGGCGUCAACAAGGAGCUGAAACAUAUGGAGGAGUUCUCUGAGGCAAUUCGGAGCGGUGAGUGGAAGGGAUACACUGGGAAGCCUCUCACCACCAUCAUCAACAUUGGUAUUGGCGGUUCUGAUCUCGGCCCUGUUAUGGUCACGGAAGCUCUCAAAUACUAUGGCGACCGCAAGCAAACCCUCCACUUCGUCUCCAACAUUGACGGAACCCACAUGGCCGAAGCCCUUCGUGACUCCGACCCAGAGACAACACUCUUCCUUGUCGCUUCCAAGACCUUUACGACAGCUGAGACCACAACCAACGCACACUCUGCAAAGGACUGGUUCCUGAAGAAAACCGACGGCAAGGGCGACAUCGCAAAGCAUUUCGUUGCACUGUCCACCAAUGAGGCGGAAGUCAAGAAAUUCGGUAUCGAUCCUAAGAACAUGUUUGGAUUCGAGAGCUGGGUCGGAGGACGAUAUUCUGUCUGGUCUGCCAUUGGCUUGUCUGUCGCCAUUCACAUCGGAUUCAAGAGAUUCCAUGAGUUUUUGAGCGGUGCUCAUGCUAUGGAUAUGCAUUUCCGUAAUACGCCUUUGGAGAAGAAUAUCCCUGUCAUCGCGGGUCUCUUGAGCGUGUACUACUCGGAUAUGUUUGGUGCCCAGACCCACCUUGUGUCUCCAUUUGACCAGUACCUCCACCGUUUCCCUGCCUACCUCCAACAACUGUCCAUGGAAUCCAAUGGCAAGUCUGUUUCCCGUGACAACCAGAUGGUGAGAUACACCACAGGUCCAGUUCUCUUCGGCGAGCCAGCCACCAACGCCCAGCACUCCUUCUACCAACUCCUGCACCAGGGCACCAAACUCAUCCCAACCGACUUCAUCCUUGCUGCAGAAAGCCACAACCCAAUCGACAACAACAAACACCAAAAGAUGUUGGCCAGUAACUUCUUUGCCCAAGCCGAAGCUCUUAUGGUCGGAAAGGGCGAAGAACAACUCAAGGCAGAAGGGACACCUGAGGCGCUAAUGAAGCACAAGACCUUCUUGGGCAACCGACCAACAACAUCGAUCCUUGCCCAGAAGAUCACCCCAGGUACGCUCGGUGCGUUGAUUGUCUACUAUGAACACUUGACGUUCACCGAGGGUGCUGUCUGGAACAUCAACUCUUUCGACCAGUGGGGCGUGGAGCUUGGCAAGAGCCUUGCAAAGAAGAUUCUUGCCGAGCUGGAUGAGCCUGGAAACCCCCAGGGACACGAUAGCUCUACUGGAGGUUUGAUUGCUGCUUUCAAAGCUAAGGCAAAGCUUGCUUAG